AUGGUGUUUCAAGAAGUGCCUAGAGCUGCUCCUCCAGCUCCAUCUCCAGCUCCCGCCAUCGAGUCUACAUCCCAAACAGCUCAACAACAUCAACAACAACCAUCAUCACAGACACCAUGGACCGACGAACCGAACGAUUCCGCCUGGGAGCAUGUCCCUGCACAACAAACCGGAUCUGCCGCGCCGGCUUACCCAUCCAACCCGGAGCAAAUUCCAAUCUCCCUACAACCAGGCAAUAGCCAAACCAACCUGGGUGGUGGUGACGAGAAUGUAUGGGGCGAAGCGCCAAGACAAGCGUCCAGCCCAGCCGAUCCGAGCAAAUUAGAACAAGUUCCGGAUAUACUCAAGCCUGGUGGAAAUAGGGCUGAAACGAACCCAUUCUUGAAGAGAAAGCCAGUACCAGCACCGCAGAACACCGAAGCUACGACCGCCGAGGCAUUAUCCAGGCUGGAGGUUAACGACCCCAGCCAAAACACCAACCCAUGGCAGCAAGCUAUUGACAGUCGACAAAACUCGACGGGACAUCCCUCUCCGCAGCCACGGCCGGUCACGGCUGAAGGCAUCGAGAGCGACCCAUGGGUAGCCAACGACGACAAACCCUCGACGUCACAACCAAGUAUUCCACCCAAAUCACCGGCGUUGAUAUCAUUGCAAUCGGACGACGGUGACAAACCUACGUGGAAGGAAGAAGCUGGCAAAGACAGUGACAAGAUUGUAGUCGAGUCACCGUCGACUGCCAUGGCUGAUGAGCUUUUGGAACAGAAUGUCUGGGACGACCUGGCCUCAUUUGGCAAGGGCAAGUCCAAGGCGCAGCAAGUUUCUACUGCCGGCCAGGCUGCCCAGCUCGACGACUGGAGCCUGAUUGACGCCGAUUCAUCCUCGAACCCCUCGAAACAAGCCAACGAAGAAGAUGGCGCAGACGAGAGGCCGCCUCUGCCGUCACGGUCCACUGGUCUACAACAGAAAUGGGUACCUUCUCGACCGCCCGUUGACGCAAAGGCGGAAACAUACCAAGUGAAGAAUAUUCGCUGGCAUGAUCCGAAAUCUGAAAAGAACCCUCGAACGUCACCGAUCUUGAUCCAGAACGAGAACGGCCCGUGUCCGCUGGUCGCGUUGGUCAACGCCUUGACUAUGACAACGCCGGCGGACAACCCAGACACCACGCUCGUACAGGUGCUGAGGUCAAGAGAGCAAAUCAGCUUGAAUCUGCUGCUUGAUGCGGUCUUUGACGAACUAAUGUCGCCGAGGCGAACCAAUUCAGAGGACGCACUCCCCGACGUAUCGGACCUAUAUGCCUUCCUACAAAGCCUACACACUGGCAUGAAUGUCAAUCCUCGAUUUGUGCCGACGCCAGAAAUGGUCAACGCCUAUAAGCGGACCUCUUUGACGCACCUGCACCCCACGGAGCGAGGAAAUUUGAUACCGGGGACCUUUGAAAACACCAUGGAGAUGAGCCUCUAUGCCACAUUUUCUAUUCCUCUGAUACAUGGCUGGUUGCCAGCGCAAGUCGAUCCUGCAUAUAGUGCCAUGGAACGACAUGCUGGCUCCUACGAAGAUGUGCAGAAUCUAUUGUUCCGUGAAGAAGAACUCGAGGAGAAAUUGUCUACUGGCGAAGAGUUGAGUGAAGACGAACAGGAGCUGUACCAGGAUAUCGUGACUAUAAAAAUAUUUUUAGACUCGUCGGCUACUCAACUUACAGCGUGGGGCAUCGAAGUCAUUGGAAAGGCAAUGCGACCUGGCACGUUUGCCAUUUUGUUUCGAAACGACCACUUCAGCACCCUGUAUUGCCAUCCACAGACGCUACAGCUGCUCAGUCUCGUGACUGACGCCGGUUAUCGGACUCACGACGAGGUUGUCUGGGAGAGUCUUGUUGAUGUAAAUGGAGAACGAACCGAAUACUUGUCUGGGGAUUAUCGUGUGGUUGGGCUGACGAGUGAGGCGGGACCGAGCACCAAUCUCAACUCCUCGACGACUGAUGCCGGCGGGCAAUGGACAACAGUACAAAAUAAGCGCGGCAAAGGAAGACAGCAGGACGAAGAAAUAGCAGCUGGAGUUUCACAGCAUGAACAGGAAGAUCGGGACUUGGCGCUCGCUUUACAACUUCAAGAGGAAGAGGACCACAAGCAUCGCGAGGAACAAGCGCGCCGACAGCGAGAGAGUAUUCUUUCUGAGCAAUACAUCGAACAGCAAGGUCAUCGACCUGCACCAGUAGACCGAGACCGCAGACGCACGUCUACUCCCGGAAGCAACAAUGGCAUUGCCCCGGAACGACGGAGCUCAAACACGCACAGCAUCCCUGUUACGACGACGACAACGAGUACUUCACAUUCGCGACAGCCGAGCGUGUCCCAGCCUGUUCAGCAGCAGCAACAAGUCAGAUCACUGAUUCCGCCACGUCGGCCAGGCGUGACCCGUCGAGCAGAAUCGAAUGGAGACGACGCGCCACCUUCUUAUGAGCAGGCUGCGCAAGACCCUGCAUAUGUGCCGCCGAUGGGACACCCGAGUCAUUCGCAGAGCAGCUCUACAUUGGCACGACAGUCAUCACGACAGACAACGGCGAGUUUGGAUCCGUCACAGAGUCAGGUUCCAGGCGGGCAGAGCCAAAGGGGAUCUUCAACAUAUCUGACAGCAACGCCGAGCCAGCCGGUUGUGAAUGUUGACGGGUCGCUUCAUCAUGUUCCGAGUCAAGGCCAAAGAGUGCCGCUUACACCGUCCAGUUCAAGGAGACAGCCUGUUGGUCAUGGGGGCAGGGACAAAGAUUGCGUGGUGAUGUAG